CGGAGCAGAGGUGCUCGGCGCUGGGAGCCGGAGCGACGGUCGGACUGUUACCGGGACUGGGAGUCGGAGCGGAGGCGAAGCGGGAGACGGUAGCGGAGUGGAGCGGGGAGCCGGGCGAGGGAAUCCGGAGCGGAGCGGCGAUGGAGCGCCGGCUGCUGCGGGCUCUGACUCUCGCCCUGCUGCUCGGCACCGCUCGGGGACAGGGGGUGUACGCUCCGGCCAACGCGCGGAUCGUGCACUCGGGCCAGGCCUGCGUGGUGAAGGACGACAACCUGAGCGAAAGGGUCUACACCAUCCGAGAGGGCAGCACCCUGGUCCUCGUCUGCCUCGUCACAGGGCACCCUCGGCCACAGGUGCGCUGGACAAAGACGGUGGGCAGCGCGUCGGACCGGCUGCAGGAGAGCUCGGUGUUUAACGAGACGCUGCGUAUUCCUUCCAUUGACCGCGGGCAGGGGGGACGAUAUUACUGUAAAGCGGAGAACGGGAUCGGUGGCCCUGCCAUCAAGUCCAUUCGAGUAGAUGUCCAGUACCUGGACGAGCCGGUGCUGACAGUUCACCAGAGCGUGAGCGACGUCCGCGGCGAGAACUACUACCGGGAGCGCACGGUCUUUCUCCGCUGCACUGUCAGCUCCAACCCUCCCGCGCACUUCACCUGGAAACGCGACGGUCAGAUAGUCAUUCAGAAACAGGACCAGGGCGUCGACAUCUACGAGCCGCUCUAUACUCAGGGUGAGACCAAAGUCCUGAAGCUGAAAGACCUGCGCCCGCGAGAUUACGCCAACUUUACCUGCCUGGUGUCCGUGCGGAACGUCUGCAACAUUCCUGACAAAUCUGCCUCCUUCCAGCUAAAGAACACCACGGCUCCCCCAGUGCUGUCGGUGUCGGUACCGGAGUUGCUGGUGGUUGACCCCGGCAGCGAAGUGGAGAUGGAGUGCUUGGUGGUCGGCGGGGACCCUCCUCCCGUGCUCUGGUGGUCUCACUCCCCCGGCCCCAUGCCGGACAACGUCCGCAUCCAAGCGGGAAAACUGUGGAUCCGGGACAUCAGGCGAGAGCAGGCCGGACACUACAACUGCUCAGCACAGAACGGGGUCGGCAACCCUGCACGCCGGUCGGUGGAGGUGCAGGUCCGCGCCCUGUGGAACGGCCGGUUCUGGAUCACCCCUGACCCGUUCCAUGACGAUGAAAAGAUCCACCUGGACCGGGAGGUGAAGGUGUCCUGUCAGGUGGAGGCGGUGCCGCAGGAGGAGCUGACCUACCGCUGGCUGAAGAACGGUCGCACCCUGCGGCCCAGCAGUCGUAUUAUCAUCUCCCGCAAUGACCAGGAGUUCCCGCCCGGAGUCACCAGCCUGGACAUCAUCAGCAUGCGCUUCUCCGACUCGGCCACCUACACGUGCGUGGCCUCCCUCCGAGGCUCGGCGGUCCCCGAGGUCAGCAUCGACGUCAACAUCUCCACCAGCCUGGAGCCCCCUGUGCUGGAGGUGGUGCAGCCUGUGGUGGAGGUGAUCGAGGGCUCCGCAGCGGAGUUGCGUUGCGAGGUGAGCGGGAAGCCGAAGCCGGUGGUGCUGUGGUCCCGGAUGGACAAGGACAAGGAGCGGAGCCUCCCGGCAGGAUCACAAGAGUGGCAGUCCUUCGACGGGAUACUGCGACUGGACAAUGUCAGCCGGGACCAGAGUGGGACGUAUCGCUGUCGGACCGGAGUAUACAACACACUGAACGUCCGCGCCCGCGAGGGGAGCAUCCACUUCAACGUACUCUAUCCCCUGACGGUGGAGCCGGAGUUUGCGGAUGUGCGGCAGAGGCUGGGCCGCGGGGUCACGCUGACCUGUCGGGUGGUCAGCGGGAACCCGAUGAAGGUGACGUCGGCCGAGUGGACGCUGGGCGAGGCCCCCCUGGAGAGGCUGGAGCUCGAGACCCCCGACCGCUCCGAGCUGAAGCUGCCCCCUCUGCGGCCGGGCAUGUACGGGGUGUACCGGUGCCGGAUGACCAAUGCUGUGGGAGUGCAGACCUGUCUCUUCAACCUCACUGGACGAGCCUACGAGCCGGAGUUUUAUUUCGACACCCCAAGCCCGGUGCGGAUCCAGCAUCCCAACCUGUACACCUUCCUCCUGCAGUGGACGCAGCGGCUUCCCAACGCAGUCGGGGACGUCCUGAGGUAUCAGCUGGAUGCCCAGGAAGAGGGAUCGCCCAGCGCGUGGCUGAAGCCGAGCAUGAUCACCGUCAACAAGAGCAUCGAAGUGGGCUCCCUCCUCACCUACACUCUGGGCAACCUCCGGAUCCCUCGCUCUUAUCGGGUCCACCUCACCCCCAUCACCAGCUACGGGCCAGGCGACACAGCCAGCCGCACCAUCCUCUACACCAACCCCGCUUCCUCUCUGCCGCCCUCAGGGGAGCUGGUGUGUGGGUUCGAGGACGAGCAGAUCUGCGGCUUCACCCAGGACACCCGGGAUGACUUCGACUGGACUCGGGAGAGUAACAUGACCCAGGACCCCAAGAAAACUCCCAACACCGGCCCCCGUUUCGACAACAGCGGCAAGAGAACUGGCUACUACAUGUUCAUUGAGGCAUCAACCCCACGAAGACCGGGUGACCGGGCCAGGCUCAUCAGCCCCCUGUACAACGUCACUCACAGGGUGGGCUUCAGGACCCCGCGGAGCACCCCCUUCUGCGUCAGCUUCUACUACCACAUGUACGGCAAGCACGUGGGCUCCCUGAACGUGCUGGUGCGGACCCAGGGGGUGAAGGCAGUGGAGACUGCAGUCUGGAGCCUGAACGGGAACCAAGCGGAGGAAUGGCGCCUGGGCAGUGUGACCAUCAAUCCCAGUGGACCCUUCCAGGUGGUGCUGGAGGCUAUCCGUGGGCCUGGAUACCUCGGUGACAUCGGCAUCGAUGAUGUCAGCAUCACCCGGGGCCCCUGCUCUAAACGACCAUUCUCGGAGAAAGGUGAGUCUGCCCAUCAGUCCAGAAUGCCUACCUCAACUACACACACACAGACCCCUCAACGAUACACGAGUCCGCAGGAACCCCGCACCCACAGGUUCCAUGUGAUAGUAAGGCAAGAAAGUGGGCUUAUUGUCUAACUAAGGAGCUGGUGCAGCUUCAGGUACGUCGAACGCAGAGCUCUCCUCCAGGGCAGGUGGGACCUAUACAAGAGGGCAGGUUGCAACUCAACUAGAGGGAGAUCAAUAUCCUCCCUGGGAGAUUUGUUCAGGAGGCUUAAACCAGAGCAGUAGGGCAGCAGAUAGAGGGACAGACAGGAACAGGCCCCUCAAGCUAGCUCACCCAUGCUGACUAAGCUAGUCCCAUUUGCCCUCAUCCCUUUAAACAAGGGGUUGCCAACCUUUUUGAUGCCAUGGACCAAUACCAUUAAGCAAGGGGUCCACAGACCACAGGUUGGGAACUCCUGCUGUAAACCUUUCCUAUCCAUGUACCUGUCAAAGUGAGUUUUAAAUAUUGUUAAUGCACCUCCCUUAACGGAUUCCUUUGUUCCAUACAGGGACCAUCUUUAGUGUGGAAAAAGUAACCCCAAGUCCCUUAUAAAUCUAUCCCCUCUCACCCAAAAGGCAAACCCUCCAAUUUUGGUUCCCUUUCCUUGGGAAAAAGAUUGACCAUGCACCUUACCUAUACUCACAGUUUUAUACAUCUCCGUAAGCUCACCCCUCAUUCUCCUACACUCCAAAGAAUAAAGCCCCAACCUGCUCAACCUCUCUCCAGAUCAGGGGUUCCCAACCUGGAGUCCACGGACAUCUUGCUAAAUGGUAUUAGUUUGAGGCAUAAAAAACAAUGGGAGCUCCUGCUCUAGUAACUCGGGCUUUUGAGUCCCAGCUGCAUCCUCAAAUCUUUUCGCACUUUCCAGUUUAAUAAUGUCUUUCCUACAACGGGGGGACCAAAUGUGUCCUCACCAGCCUCUUAACCAUACAACAAUUACAGCACGGAAACAGGCCAUCUCGGGUCCUUCUAGUCAAUGCUGAAUGCUUACUCUCACCUAGUCCCACUGACCCGCACUCAGCCCACAACCCUCCAUUCCUAUAUAACCAAGGUUCUCUUGUACAACAGAACCUGGAACAUCACACCACAGUACAGUCCAUGAUGUUGUGAUGACCUUUUAACCUACUCUAAGAUCAGUGUAACCCUUCCCUCCCACAUAACCCUCCAUUUUUCUAUCGUCCUGAAACUGCAAGAUAACAUCACAAUUUCUGUUGUCAGGACCCUGAUGAAGGUCACUGUACCAAUAUCCUUCUUCACCACUCUUGUCCACCUGUGACUCCACUUGCAGGGAGCCACGUGCUUGUAAUCCUAGGGCCCUCUGUUUUACAACAUUCCUCAAGGCUAGACCAUUCACUUUCAAAGUCCUUCUCUGGUUUGGCUUUGUUACUGGAACACCACGUACUUAUUACCUGUCCUGAUGAAGGGUCUCGACCUGAAACACCGACUGGUUGCCCUUUUCCAUAGAUGCUACCUGACCUGCUGAGUUCCUCCGGCAUUUUGUGUGUAUUGCUUUGGACUUGGAGCUUCUGUAGAUUUUAAAACAGCUUGCUUCAAUGCAACCCAUUUGAUCACAAUCUCCGUUAUUUUUGAUAACAUUCUUCACUCCCUACAACACCACUACAUUCUCAUCCAAACUGUAUGCAUAAAGGUCCCAUCACAAGAACGCAGGGCUCCUUUCUGAGAACCAACCUUCCACCACUAGACUCUGCUUCCUCCCACCCAGCCAAAUAUAGUCAUUUAGUUAUCUCUCCCUGAAUCCCACAUAAUCCAACCUAUCAGACUGGACUUCCAUUUCGGACCUUGUCAAAGCUCGGGUGAAGGCCAGGACCAGCAGUGCAGGUUUCAAGGGUUCAGAUGACGCGGUGGGGGGGGGGGGGUAAAAGAGAGGGGUUACACAGCUGAUCAGGGAGUAUGUCACAGUGAGGACAAACUAGAGGGCUUAUCUACUGAAACAGUGUGUGUAGGGCUCAGGAGAAAGAACUGUGUUGUCACUCCGAUGGGCAGUAGUACAGACCUCCCGGAAGCCACCAGCAGAUAUGUGGAAAUAGUCUGGAAAGAUGUAAAAGUCAUAGGGUGACUGUAGUGCAGGAGUAAUGAUUUGAUCUGUAUGAACCAUAAGACAAGCUUUUCACUGUACCUCUUGUGUUAAUAACAAAACAGCACCAAUUCCUUCCCCCAGUAGAGACCAGGACUUGCUUGGUGCUUAAGGUGUAAAUGAGGUAGAAUUUGUAAGGUUAAAAGGGGUCAAUAAACGCUCCUGGUGAGUAGAAUUAAAGAGAAUCCCAAUGUAUUUCAUACUUCCAUUAACAACAACAGUAACAAGGAAGAGGGAGGGGAAGUAUGUCUGGAGCCACAGGAAAUGGCCGAAGUGCAAAAUGCAUUGGUGUUCAGCAAGUACAAGGGGGGAUAGUGAGAUCAAUGAGGGCUCUGCCGAUGCCUAGACAUACUGAAAUCAAGGAAGAGAUGCUGGGUCUAUCGAAGAGCUGAAGGGAUCAAUCCUGGAUAAUUGAGAUUGUUGCGAUCUUGGCAAAAGAUCCUUGUAUUGUCUCAAGCCACAGGCAAGACACUAGAAGGCCGGACAGAAGCCAAAUGUUGUUCGUUUCUUCAAGGACUAUAGAGAUAAACCAGAAAUUCACAGGCUAAUUUUGGAAAUAAUUGGAGACAACUCUGAGAGAAAAGUGGGUUUGUGAGGGGCAGCCAGUGCGACUUUGAGGUGCAAGUCAUGAAAUUACACACUGGACUGAUGUUUUUGAGGAAGUGAUGAGGUAUUUGACAUGGUCCCAACAUUAAGUCACAUGGAAUCCAUGGUGAGUUGGCAAGUUAAAUGUAAAAUCGGCAUGGGUAUUGGAGGAAGGGUGCUAUUCUCUUGGAGGUGUGUGGUGUUCCAUGGGAUCCGUGCUUGGUCCCGAAUUAAUGAACAUCGAGGAAAGUUUGUUGACAACAUAAAAAUCAACAGUUGUGGAGAGUGAUUUUAUUGUUCGUAUGCACUUGUGUGCAUAGGGGCUUUCGUUGCAGCAGCAUCACAGGCACGUAGCAUCAGAUAAGCAGCAGUCACAAGAACAAAUAUACACAAUUUUACAAUAAAUAACAAUUAUGAGAAAAUGAAGUGGUCACACUGUGAUGAUCUAUAGUGAUUAGGGUUGUGAACGUUGGUUCAAGAACUGAAUGGUCGAAGAGAAGUAACUGUUCCCAAACCUGGUGGUGUGGGACUUCAGGUUUCUGUCCUGCCUGACAGUGGAGGCCAAGUCUCUGGAUGCUUUCAAGAGAGUUAGAUAGAGCUCUUAUAGAUAGCGGGGUCAAGGGAUAUGGGGAGAGGGCAGGAAUGGGGUACUGAUUGUGUAUGAUCACAGUGAAUGGCGGUGCUGGCUAGAAGGGCCGAAGGGCCUAUUGUCUAUUGACAGUAGCUGUGAGAUGAUGGUGGGGAUCUUCAGUGAUGCACAUUGCAUCUUGAGGCAGUGUCUCCUAUAGAUACUAUUGACUGUGGGGAGAGAUGUACCCGAGAUGUACUGGGCUGUGUCCACAACUCUCUGCAGCUUCUGGCAUUCCUGUGCACUCAAACUGCCAGACCACCAAUUAGGAUACCGGCAUUUGUUAGUUAGUACUUGGUGACAAGCCAAACCACCUCAGAAUGUAAAGACACUUCUUUAUGACUGCCUCUGUGCUGGGCCCAGGACACGAGUAUGCCGCUGACACCCUCCACCUCUGAUCCCCCCCAGUGUAGACUGGCACGUCAACAAUCACCAUCUGUGACCCCACCUCCAGGGAACUCUCUACUUGUACUCCAAGGUUCCUUUGUUCUACGGCACUCCCUAGGGCUCUGUUGUUCACUGUCAAAGAUCGGCCUGGAUUUGACUUUCCAAAACCCAGCACUCCAUCCCACCUGCCCAUCUGAUUGUGGUCUGCCUCUAAUUUUUGAUAACCUUCUUCACUUGCCACUCUGAUGCACAUUUUAGGGUCAUUUGGAAGUUUAUUAAUCAUGUCCUUUAUAUUCUUAUCCAAAUCUUUGAUACAAACGUGCCCAACAUCGACCCGAAGCUGCCACAGAGAUAGGGGCCUCCAGUCCAAGAAACUAUCAAGCCAAUUGUACAACUGAUUUUAGCCAGCUCUCCCUGGAUUCCAUGAGAGCUGACUUUCCACAGCAGCCUAUCAUUGGAACCUCAUCUACCACCGCCUCUCCUGUGUUUCCUUGGUCACAUCAUCAAAAAACAUUAUCAAAUUCAUAAGAUGCCAUCUCCUACACAUAGCCAUGCUCACUACCCUAAGUGAAUUCUUAUCUUUCUGGAUGUACGGCUAGCUAAGUCUCCAGUCGAUUAGCUAGCACCACCUGCCCUGCACUUGCCAGGCUCGUCUUUACCGCCUUUCUUAAAUAAAGGCACAUUUGUUACCCUCCAAACCAGCAGCACCUCACCCAUUUUUAUUUGAUUGGAUUAUGUCUGGGGAUUUAAGGGUUCUGAGGGAAAAGGCAGGUAGAUGGAGCAGAGUACAUGGCCGGAUCAAGCCAUGAUCUUAUUGAACGGCUGGGAGAGAGGGACUAGAAGUGUUCUGGAAUGAGGGAAUAAGUGGGGGCUGGUGAGGAGGGGGAGUAUGGGCUGGGGAAAUCGGUGAGGAGGGGGGAGAGUGGGUGUCAGGUUGGUGAAGGGGGGAGUGUGGGAGUGGGGGAGAUUGGCAAGGAGGGGGAGUGUGGGUGUGGGGGGGUUGGCGAGGAGGGGGAGUGUGGGCGUGGGGGUUGGUGAGGAGGGGGAGUGCAGGCAUGGGGGAGUUAGUGAGGGGGGAGUGUGGGUGUGAGGAGUUGGCGAGGGGGAGUGCGGGCGUGGGGGGGUUUGGUGAGGAGGGGGGAGUGUGGGCAUUGGAGGGGGGAGUGUGGGCAAGGGGGGGUUGGUGGGGGAGUGUGGGCAUGGGGGGGUUGGUGGGGGGAGUGUGGGCAUGGGGGGGGGGGUUGGGUGCAGGCAGGUGCAUAAAGGAAGGUGGGAGGGAGGCCGGAUUGGUCACUUACCCUGAAGUUCCUCUGUUGCAGAUGUGAUUCCCCGGGACCAAGACCGGAACGGGGCGACUGUGGCAGGAGCUGGCUGGGGCUGCGGUCUGGUCGUGGCCUCUCUGAGCUGCCUCUCACUGCUCAGGUGAUGAGGGAGGUCCAGGGCAGGUGCCAGCACCUCUCCUCCCUGCCCCCCCCAGGCCUCCACACUCAACCUCCCACCAACACCAGCCCCUCAUCAUCUGCCCAGCCUGUUCCACCCAUUCCACUGACCGGCCCCCAUCCUACUUGCUCAAUUGAACCCCCACCCCAGCCUACAGACACACACACACACACACUGACACACAUGCAGACACAUGCACACAUGCAGACUUGCACACACACACACACACACACACACACGUAUGUACACACACACAGAUAGAUACAUACACACCCUGAUCAGUCCCAUUUAACCCACCCCACCCACCCGUCCCCUGACCUCCACUCACACUUCUACCAAAGACCAUGCCGGCCCUGCUGGGUCCCACUCUCCGGGACAGGCCGACUGACGGUCAAACUCCCCGUUCCCCACUCCAGCAUCCACCUCUCUCCUCCCCCCCCCCACCCCCUCGCACUGGCGAGACUAAAGCACAACACAAGAAUCUGAUGGCUGUAACUGUGGUGCCACGUUCCCCUGGUCGAAUGCAGCACUACUCACCCUCUUCCCCUCCCCUCCUACCAGCCCUCCACUGGCCAGGGACUUGCCCCUCCCACCUCUCUCCCUUCCCCACCCCUGCUUCCCAUGGAGACGUGAUUGUAAACUGACCAAAAGCACAAUGUAAAACUCUUGCUGUAACUUAUCUCAGAUUAUUCAAAGUUUUAAUAAAACAUUAUUAUUCCAAAGAAUCCUCUGACUCAGCCUCUCCUUCCUGUGACCCAUCCGCCAGAGAAAUGGCCAGUGACUGCUGGACCCUCUCUUUGACACACUGGACCAUUCCCUCCCUCCUCUGGACACUCUCCCUGCCCCCCAGACACAUUCUGGGGUUUGCUUCCCUGGGGUUUUUACUUAAAGCCAACAUUUUAUCUUUUUUGUUCUUAAAACCAUUUGUUUUUGUUUCAAAAUAUGAACCCAAAAUUAAACUGUU